CUAUCCUCGAUGUUGUUUCUUUGCGUUUAAAUCCUGCGAACAUGUCACACAGCUCACUUACUUCUGGUGUGUACUAUUUCCGCUGCAGCAGUCGUUGUCCGAUUGGUGCCCUCAACCUACCGGUGGACGUAAUAUAGCAAUAAAUUCCAAACACGAAAUGAGUCAGCUACUGCGCUCCUGCUCAUCGAUGCACUCCUGCAUGCUGCGACCACGCCAUCGCUUCAAACCCUCUUGCUGGAAACAACCCCCAGUCGCGCGGUUUCGUUACAUCUCUGCAAUUGAGAACAAAGUGGGUACAUCAGGUCGCGCUAUCCACCUUGGUGCCAUCGGCAGCCGAGCAAUCAGCAGCGCGGUCGCGAGUUGGAGCAGCACCACCAGCAGUCUCGCUGCCAGCAACAGCAGCUGCAGCAGCAGAAGCAUCGGGGGACCUUCCAUGCGGUCCAUAGCCGUAAGAGUGGGACUUGGGACAACGCCGCAGAGGCCCAUCGAGCCAGGAAACGGGUUUGUCACGUUGGGGAGCUAUGUGCACCACGAGGUCGAGGUGAAGAAAUCUAAGUUCGUGGUUCACGCCUGGCCCGUGACCAGCCCUUCGGAAGCGCUCUCCCUCAUUCACUCCACCUCCGACCCGUCAGCGUCCCACAACUGCUUCGCUUACCGUGUGGGCGCCGAGUUCCGUUCCUCCGACGAUGGCGAGCCGGGCGGGACCGCGGGCCGCCCCAUACUGGCGGCCAUAGACAGCCAGGGGCUGGACCACGUGGCUGUGUUAGUUACGCGGUACUUUGGCGGCAUUAAAUUGGGGCCGGGAGGGCUUGUACGGGCGUACGGCGGUGCAGCCAAGGAGUGUUUGCGGCAGGGAAUGUGGAUCGUCAAGAAGACGCGGGCGGCGGUGGUGGUGGAGGUAUCGUACGAUGAGCUGGGUGUCGUCUAUGGUUGCCUGGACAUGCAUGGCUGCAAGCGGGUUGCGGAAGAGUUUGGCAGCUCCGGAACAGUGGAGAUUCGAGCGAUGGUGGACGCGGAUCGACUGGAGGCGCUGAAGUCAGCGGUAGCGGACGUAACUGGGGGACGGAGGCGCGUGGAGCUGGCACCUCCUGCGGGGGACCUGGCCGCGACUGCAGCAGCCGAUAGUUGACAGCCAGGGCUAGCACCGUCGGUGUGCGGGACAGCAUGUGUAGCUUCAAUCAAUUUCGACAAACAACAUUUCACGUCGUCGCUGCGACUGCUGCGACUGUUGCAACAUGUAAUUCAAUCUUGCGUGCAUGUGGGAAGUUUGCGCCUUUGGUAUGUAUAUAGCAACUGGAAAUGUGGAUUAUAGAGGACGAUGGAGUUGAUGGAUUCUUGAGGCUUGUCUGUGAGAUGCCCGGGUUUUCGACAGGUCUUCGUACUACAAUUUAGCUGACUAGCAGUUUUCCCAGAACAUGUUGAUGAUUGAUUGAAUUUUUCCAAGUCCUCUUCAUGUAGACUUUUAUUAUUAGGGAAGGCUUGGCAUGAACUUGAUAGUCGACAAGCCGGACAUCCAAUCCAUGACCCGCGGGAGCACCUCAUAACUCCAAGAGCUUCCAGUAUUAGAUACCUGUAACGUCUUAUUAUGGG